AGGGCGCUUCCGCGUUCCUUCUGCGCCUGUGCGUUCUGCUCUCUGGCUGUCUUCUCCAAAGUUGGGCCAGUGCCUCGGGGACCUCUUGGCUCUCUGGUAGCAUCUCUGACAUGGAGGGACUGCUCUCCUUCAGGGAUGUGGCCAUUGAUUUCUCUGCAGAGGAGUGUGAAUGCCUAGAUCUUGCUCAGUGGAAUCUGUACAGGGAUGUGAUGCUGGAGAACUACAGCAACCUUGUCUUCCUGGGUCUAGCUUUUUCUAAGCCAUAUUUGGUGACAUUUCUCGAGCAAAGAAAAGAGCCAUGGAAUGUGAAGGGACCAGCACCAGUUGCUGUAUACCCAGAAAUAAAACCUUAUAAAUUUAAAGAAUGUGGCAAGACCUUUCCUUGGAAUUCACUUCUUAUUCAACACCAUAAAACUCAUCCUGGAGAAAAACUUUACAAAUGUGGUGAAUGUGGCAAGGCCUUUAAUGUUCGCUCAACACUUUAUAAACACCACAGAAUUCAUACUGGAGAGAAACCCUACAAAUGCAAAGAAUGCGGCAAAGGUUUUACAUGUUCUUCAAGCCUUAACCAGCACCACAGAAUUCAUACUGGAGAGAAACCCUACAAAUGUCAAUGUGGCAAAGCUUUUAAUAAUUCUUCAGCUCUCACUCAGCACCAAAGAAUUCAUACUGGAGAAAGACCGUACAAGUGUGAAGAAUGUGGCAAAGCCUUUAAUAAUUGCUCAGCCCGUACUCGACACCAAAGAAUUCAUACUGGAGAAAGACCCUACAGAUGUGCAGCUUGUGGUAAAACCUUCAAUUUUCCCACAUCACUUUCUCAACAUCAGAGAAUCCAUACUGGAGAGAAACCCUACAAAUGUGAAGAAUGUGGCAAAGCCUUUAACUGUUCUUCACAUCUUAAACAGCAUCGAAUUAUUCAUACUGGAAAGAAACCCUACAAAUGUAAAGAAUGUGACAAAGCUUUUAACUGUUCUUCAAGUCUUAACCAACACCGUAGAAUUCACACUGGUGAGAAACGCUACAUAUGUGAGGAAUGUGGCAAAGCCUUUAAUAAUUGUUCAGCUCUUACUCAACACCAAAGAAUUCACAGUGGAGAGAAACCCUUCAAGUGUGAAGAAUGUGGCAAAGCCUUUUAUAAUUGCUCGGCCCUUUCUCGACACCACAAGAUUCAUACUGGAGAAAAACCCUUCAAAUGUGCAGAUUGUGGCAAAGCUUUUAUUUUUCGUUCAUCACUUUCUCAGCACCAGAGAAUUCACACUGGAGAGAAACCCUACGAAUGCAAUGAAUGUGGGAAGGCCUUUAACUGUUCUUCACACCUUAACCAACAUGGAAGAAUUCACAGUGGAGAGAAACCUUAUAAAUGUGAAGAGUGUGGCCAGACGUUUAUCUGUUCAUCAUACCUACAUAAGCAUCAGAAGAUUCAUACUAUUGAGAAACUCUAUGAAUGCAAAGAAUGUGGUAAAGCCUUUAGCUGUUCUUCAUACCUUAAAUAUCACCAGAGAUUUCAUACUGGCGGGAAAUCUUACACAUGCAAAGAAUGUGACAAAACCUUUAGGUCCUCUUCAUACCUUAGGAAUCAUCAGAGAUUUCAUACUGGAGAGAAACCCUACACAUGCAAAGACUGUGGUAAAGCCUUUGUUAAUUCUUCAAGACUUCUUGUACACCAAAGAAUUCACACUGGAGAGAAACCAUACAAGUGCAAAGAAUGUGGCAAGGCCUUUAGGUGUUCUUCUUAUUUUAAGUAUCAUCAGAGACUUCAUACUGGAGAAAAACCCUAUACAUGCAAAGAAUGUGGCAAAGCCUUUGCUAAAUCUUCAUUUCUUAUUCUACACCAAAGAAUUCAUACUGGGGAAAAACCCUACAAAUGUGCAGAGUGUGGCCAGGCCUUUAUCUGUUCCUCAUACCUGAGGAAGCAUCAGAGAAUCCAUACUGGUGAGAAACCUUAUACAUGUGAAGAAUGUGGCAAAGCUUUUAGCAUUUUCUCAUCCUUCAUUCAACACCAGAGAAUUCAUACUGGAGAAAAACCUUACAAAUGCAAAGAAUGUGACAAAGCAUUUAAUAAUCAUUCAGCCCUUAUAAAGCAUCAAAGAAUUCAUACUGGAGAGAAGCCCUACACAUGCAAAGAAUGUAAUAAAGCCUUUAAUAAUAGCUCAAGCCUUAUUCGACAUCAGCGAAUUCAUACUGGAAUUGAAACCCUAGAAGUUCAAGGAAUGUGGCAAGGUCUUUAAUAACAGUUCAACUCUUAGCUCCCCAAACUCACAGUAGAAAGAAAGUGGAAAAAAGGAGACAAAUAAGUGUUUUAUACAUACACAAUGUAAAAAUUCACGCAUGAAAGAAACCUUCAAAUUCAAGUAGUGUUGCAAGUCUGUUAGCUCUUCUUCUUAUCUCGAUAGCAGAGGAUUUGUAUUGGGGAGCCCUAAAACUAUAUCAGGGAUUUUAAUGAAUGUUCACUCCUCAUCAGUGAAUUCAUGCUUCAUGGAAAUUUUAGCACAUAUUGACUUUGGAAUGACCUUUGUCCAAUAUGUGUGAGCAAAGUAGUUAUGCCAGAGCAAAUGAGGUAACAUAAAGAGUGUAGUGAAGCUAAUACCUCAGAGCUUACUGGAUAUGAGAAUUACUGUACGUGCUAAAUCCUAUGAAUAUAUAGAAUAAUGUAAAAAUAAAGUGAAUGCUGCCUAUAAAUUAUGGGACAUUAUUUGAUGUGAUAGAAAUAAAUUAUCACAGAUGUCAGAAUCAUGCACACAGCUCAGCAAGGAUAUGAAUUUUUUAAUGAAACCAUGUAGCCUCAUGUUUGAAAACAGAAGUUAGCACAACUCUCAAACUGUGUUAAAAGAACAAGACCUGUUCCUGAUUGAUUUCAGUCUAGUUCUUCCCACAGAAAACAUAUAGUAGGUAUAAAAUAGAGGUUGCCCGUGAAGCUUACUUCUGUAAAUAAACAAAUUUGAAUGGUU